AUUACUAGUCUGCAAACAUGUUUGUAUUGUUUGACAAUUUAUUAGCCAGUCUACUAUUAUUAGUAUUUAGUUUAUUGUGUUUACUAAAAUCCAAUGCUAACUGUGCAAAACACGACUAUCCCAUAUACUACGCGGAAGACUUGUGCGACUCGAAGAUAAUGUUAGGAUCGGAUCCACUGAACAGUUCUCUUAUCAUAAAACUAUUGAAACACAACUCAUCGACAGCCGGUUUAUCUCUGAUAAAGAUUGCGUGCAAAGUGACCAUCGAGUCGACGACCGGCGGCGACCAUAAGGUCAACAUCAAUAGCAAGUCAAUGAUCGACGCCUACCGGAGCCAACAUCAUCUGAACAGUCAUAACAGUAUUGUUAUCACUGAAUAUAAUGAUAGACGAAAGGUUACCAUUGAAUUCAAUGGUCUGGGAGAUGAUCUGCAAUUAAUUAUCACAACCUAUAGAGAGAUUGGCGACGACGAUGACGACGACUGUCCAAAACAUUACUUUUUAUGCGAACCCCGUAAAUGUAUUCAUGAUAUCUAUCGAUGCGAUUCCUAUAUUAACUGCCAGUUCGAUGAAAGUCAACUGUCCUGUUCAGUAGAGCUAACACCUGACAAUCAAACAUUGCUUAGCAUAAUAUCAGGGAUCGUAUUGUCUCUGUUGGGAACCAGCUGUUUGUUAACCAGUUAUAUCUAUAUCGUGUAUUACAAGGAACGGGAGGCCCGGUUGUUGGACAGUAAGCAACUAUUGUACGGCACAAUCAACACAAUGAGUCCCCGGAUCCAGCACUCGCUAAAAGUGUACAAAUAA